GAUGUCUCCACAAAAAGCGACUUGAAUUCGGCGCCUUGCACUGUCUCUCGCGGAAUUAUUCGCUGGCGCAGUCGCGGUUGAAUCAAAUAAAAAAAAAAAAACGAUCAAAAGUGCAUUCGUUCAUUAUUGUUGAUAAUGUUGAUUGUUAGAGGGAGCCAGCUGUUAUUUCAAUGCAGUUGGUGACGCAUCGGAAACUGCGAAGGUUUGAAUGGAGUUAAAUUUCAACAGAACCGGCGGUAAGAGCCGGCGAGAAAAAAUAAAAUCAUUUUGGGAGUUCAUCGACGGUCAAAAACAUAUGGUUCCUCUUCGUCCAUCGCAAGAUUCAAGAGAUUCGACGCAGUCGUCCGUUUCAUGGAAUUCGGACGAUUGCUGCCUGACCAGUGAUAUCGAUAACAACUCUAUCCACUCGAGUCGAGAAAUCAUAAAGGACUCUGGGUCGGUUUCAAACCAUGUGAGCGACUCGCGCGCGUCCUUCCCGAACACCGAGAAUAUUUGGAAUGACGAAUUACGAAUUUUAAAAGAACUGGGCCUAGAUCGUGUUGCUCUUGCCUCAACCAACGCUUGCAGACGCUGCAUCCGAAACGACAGCAACAGGAAAAAUGAACCUGAGUGUGCGGAUACCGUGCCACAUUCAUACCAGGAGUUAGCAGCAGACAUGAAAGCAUUUCAGGAACGCAUCAAAGUCAGAGGAAAUCCAAAACGCGAGUACAGAGAUUCCAGAAAAUACGAGCAUUCGAUGAAAUAACUUUUUUGAUGGUAGAAAUUCGAAAAGUAUACACAUGAAAUUUUGUAUGAAUUGCACAAUAAUCAUGAUUAUCUAGGGCUUACCGAAAUUCAUUGUAUGCUACUGGAAUACAUACAUUUAUUAUGGGAAUAAUAAUUCACAUCUAUGUCGAUGGCCGAUUUCCGGUGGUGAAAUCUGCGAGCCGGAACUGACGAAUGUGCGGAGACAAAUCCGCGAAACUACGGGUAACAGUCGAUGUGCUUCGAUUGCUCGGGAAAAAACUGUUCUUCUUCGCGGGGAGUGACCGUAGGGGAUAUCCGGACUCGGGACUACAGCCCCGAUGUUACAACAUCCCUCCGGUCCUAAGCUCGGC